AUGCAAGCCUUUUUGCUAAAGAAGACUUUUCUUCUAAAGAAGCCAUUUUAUCAUCUUAUCCUGCAGAGCAGUGUAUCGUAUCGUCUCUCGUCGCAACCUUCAACUUCAAGAGGAUCUUCCGCUAGUUUCAAUCGUAAGUUUCCUUUAAUAGCUUCAGCAUGCGGUCGCACUGUUGUAUCAGAUUCCUCAGCGGUAUCCUUUAUCAAUGCUCUGUUGAAAGGCAAAGAUAACCAUCUCAAAUGUAGUGGAUCCAAUGACAGUAUAACAAAUGAUUUAAAUAGUUCUGGUUUUACUAAGCCUGUAAAUGCAAUCCAAAACAAGUGGAAAAGUCCUAUGCGUAGCUACACAAAAUGCAAGGAUAACAGAAAUCGUACUGGUCAAGGUCCCUCCCGUUUUUUAUGUUAUGAGAGAAUAGACGAUUUUGUUGGUGAUAAACCACAAAAUGAGUGUAGCCACUCAAUAAACAGUUUGGAAGAUAGCGAAUCAGAUGUUACAGUAGAAAAUAUUGAGGACGAAGAAAAUAUACAACCAGAAAGUAUAAAUAAAAAUACAGAGCCAGGCAUCACUGAAAAUGCAGAUGGGAAUAUGCAAGAAAAAUAUACAAAUUCACAGGACCAUCAUAAGAAGAGACUGAGUGAAAAACAAAUCAAAAAAGAAUAUUUUGAAAUAAAGAAAGAGGAAUACAAAAAAAGGCAAAUUAGACAUGAGGAGAAAAUGCAAGUUGAAAAACGAAAAUUAGAUUUGUUGGAAAUAUUUAUUCAAGAAAAAAAAACAAGCCAUCCUAAAACCCAUGACAUAUUAAUGUGUCAUUUUGUAUAA